AUGUUUGUGUUCCUGGGGGAGGGGGAGAGAGAAGAGCCGGGUCCAGAAGGGGGGGUGAGUGGGCAUCCCGGGGUGCCUCCUCGUUCCCGCUUCCCCCGCCGGCUCCUCCGUUUUCGGAUUGGCGAGGGAGGGGAGGSGGGGAGUUUUUGUGCCUGGGCGCCUUGCUGUGCCAACACAGCGCACAGUGGCACCGGGCGCCUCUCAAACCCGACGGGGAGGCAAUGCGGGGCUGAGGCGGGACGGGGCCCCGGGGGCGGGACUCGGGAGGCGGAGGAGGAGCAUCCUGGAAAGCGGGCAGCCUGGACAGCCRGCCUCCGUCGGGUCUGGCCACCCGUGACCCUGGACGGAGGCGGGGGGAAAGCAAGAGAAGCGCCCCGACCGAGAAGGACAGCCUUCAGGAACCCCCGGGGAGUUUUUGCAAAGGCCUGCCGUCGGGACGCAACGAGGUGGGAGCAAGCUUACUUCGCCGAGAGAGGCACCCAGGUCCUGGUCAAAGAUCCUGAGUGCGAGAAUGAAAAGGGCAAGCCCAGCCUGGUCCUCCUGGGGCCCACGUGCCACAAGAAGAGCAUCACACUGGUGUGCCUGGCCCAUGGCUUCUCCUAUGCGUGGCCCCUGAAUGUAAUCUGGGAGCGUGAUGGCAAACCAGUGCCUCGCUUUUCAGUGGCCACUGAGGAGGCCAAGGCUGAGGGCAAGUGCAGCUUUGGCAUUGCCAGUCGCCUGACGGUGGCAACUGCCGAGUGGAAGGAGGGCCACACUUACUCCUGCCAGGUGAACCAAGGGGACAUUGCAGAUGUUAAAGAGGAGAUGACUAGUGAAUUGAUUCAGAAGCCAAAAUCAGGCCUUUCUGAAAUGCAGCUCAGCCUUCGAGCCGGACAGUUUAUCUUCCUUCUCUUGGCUGUCAAGAGCUUUGCUUAUGGCACUGCUCUGGGAAUCUACAGAGCUUGUAGAAAAAAAGGUGUUUAAUGGGACUGUAGACCUGCAUUCCUUUGCUUGCAACGUUGAGUUGCUCCCUCCACACCCAAGAAAUGUAUUGUUUGCCCAUAAGGGAGGAGUGCAGAGCCAUAGAUCCUGCUCUGAGAUUUUCAUGGCCUCCUUCACAGCCUCUUUUCAAUUUUGGCAACCUGGAUUAAUCACUUGGCAAACUUUAUGCUCAAUUGCUCUUUGCAUUGAGCAAAUGUCAGUCUUUAUUUUGAGUGACAAUUAAAAAGAAAGAAAUGUUGACAUUCUUACCAUCUGGUGCCUGCAUGGAAAUCGGUGACCUACAAAUAGGAAAGUUUAAUAAGUGCAGUGUUUCCACUCUUGUUGUGUUUUUCUCUGGGUGGUGGUGGUGAAACCAUACCUGUUAAAACUGCACAGCCUCUCUCAAAUGAUGAAUAUUCAUGCACUGAUGUCUUCCAACCACAAAACCACAUGAUGGUUCCAAUUAAAUCUAGAUUUUCUUGCACUCCACAUUACCUUCACAUCGUCUCAGACCUCCCAACACAAUGAAGCAGGAAUCUUUCAAUGUCUUGCUCCAGGGAACUGAGAAGGAGAGAAUCAAUGUAGUAGCUUGAGGAGCAGUUUUCAUAAAACAUGGUGAAAUAUAUACAUUAGUAGGUAGCAUUGUGCUGUGCUUCCAGCAGCACACUGAGUAGUUGAAAGUCUGAUUCCAGGAACAAGCAGAAGGCCAGAGCCCUCAGGUAGAUCUCCAGGUGAUUUACUCAAAGUGUGUGGAAAGGUUCUUUUUCAGCCAACAUCUUCCAGACUCCUCCAAGCAACAUGCCCAGUGGCUGUGCCAUCUCAGAGGCUCUGGAUGUUGCAGUUAAAAGGAAACUUUUCCAAGCUUUUGCUUUGCAGUAGAUUUCCAAAGAUUUUUGAACAGCAACAGGCCCAUUUCCCCAUCGAAACUCAACUCCUAAGGUGGAGGCGGUGUGAUGGAGGUGAUACUGAAUGCAUUUUUAUGGGAAAGAACUGUGAGCUCGGUUUUGAUCUUUCAAGCAGUGUUAGAAUCCCUAAUCAAUAGCAACUCCAGUAUAGAUUUGUGCUUACCUCUGCAGCUUAACUCAGUGUCUAGUGUUAGGUAAUUGACUUUAGCUCCAUCAGGCACCAUUUUGCAUCUGCUUCAAUUCACAGAACUGUUAGGAAGGGAAUUUGUGCUGCCCCCCAGGUAGUGUAUUGCUAUUUCCAUCAGCAUUAUUCAACAUAGCCAUGGGAGGGGAGUUGAUGGGACUUAUAGCUCAAUAUUUUCUGCCAGAUUUCAAUUCCCAGAAUCCUGAUGUUCAUACUGCCUUGGAAAUUCCAAGGUUGUAGUCCAGAAAUAAACUUUUCAAGCUCUGUCUUUGAGGGUCAUAUAUUGCCCAGCCCAAGUCAUUGGCCACAAUCAUCCUGAUUUAUUCAUAAGGUUGAACGUGGUGAAAACCAUCCACUGCAUGUCUAUCAGCCUCCUUCCAGUAGACUCAAAUCAAGGAAAGGCUUCAUGAAAACCAUCACUCCUCUUAACAUCCCCCCAGCAACAGCAAAAGUAUCCCUCUGGACAGCUAAACCAUAAAAUCCCAAUUGGAUGGCCCCCAAUAGGCUCCUCCUCCAGGGGCAAAUCAAGAAUGGACAACUUGGAAAUCCUUGAACAGACUCAGAAGCAGAGUGGGUAGAUCAAAAGACAACCUGGCAAAAUGUUACUACCUAAAAGAAUGUCCCACCUUGUGUGACUGUGGAGCUGAACAGACAACUCUGCAUCUGUACGCUUGUCCACUAUGCCCUGCCUCAUGUACAGAGGAAGAAUUGUUGGAGGCUACAUGCAAUGCCAUUGCUGUUGCCCGUUUUUGGUCAAAAGACAUAUAGCCACUUGUGCUCCUUCUGUUUUUAUCAGUUUUAUAUUAAUUUAUGCAAUGUUUUGAUUCAAAAUAAAUAAAUCCUGAUUUA